AUGGCCGACUACAACAUCACAGCCGCUCACGAAGUGGACUCCACCGACAAGAAGGCCGAAAAGACAGUCAGCGCCAAUGAGAGCCAACAAGGCUCAGGCUCUGGCAUGUUUGGCCAGACAGAGGUCGGCGAGGUGACGGACUGGAACGACCUGGAGAAGCGCAAAGCCGCAGAGGGCCACGCAAAUUUCCACCGGCUGGGCUGGAAACGACUGACCGUCGUGCUCAUCGUCGAGGCCAUCGCUCUUGGUUCCCUGUCGAUUCCCUCGGCCUUCGCGUCCCUGGGUAUGGUUGCUGGUGUCAUUCUCUGCGUCUCGCUCGGUUUCAUCGCCAUCUACACCUCGUAUGUUGUUGGCCAGGUCAAGCUCGCGUUCCCGCAUAUCACCCAUUACGCCGAUGCCGGUCAGCUUCUCAUGGGCAAGUUCGGCUACGAGCUUGUUGGUGUCAUGUUUGCGCUCCAGCUCAUCUUCCUGGUUGGUUCGCACAGUUUGACGGGAGCUAUCGCGUUCGGAAACAUCACCGACAACGGUGCCUGCUCCCUCGUCUUCGGUAUCGUGUCAGCUAUCAUCCUGCUUCUGCUGGCCCUCCCGCCCUCGUUCGCUGAGGUUGCCAUUUUGGGAUACAUCGACUUCGUGUCCAUCAUUCUUGCCAUAGGAAUCACUAUUAUCGGAACCGGCGUACAGCAGAGCCAGGGCAUGAUCCCUGAAUCGGACUGGUCGGCGUGGCCCAAGGAAGGAUUGACAUUCGUCGAGGCCUUUAUCGCUGUUGGCAAUAUCAUCUUUGCCUACUCAUUCGCCGUCUGCCAAUUCUCAUUUAUGGACGAGAUGCACACUCCUAAGGACUUCGUCAAGUCCAUCUGGUGGCUCGGCAUGAUCGAGAUCGUCAUCUACACUGUCACCGGCGCUCUGAUUUACGUCUUUGUCGGCCAAUCCGUCAAAUCGCCCGCUCUGCUCUCCGCCGGCGACCUGCUGUCCAAGAUUGCAUUCGGCGUAGCCCUGCCCGUCAUCUUCAUCUCGGGCUCCAUCAACGGUACCACCGCGGGACGAUACAUCCACGCCCGUAUGUACAAGGACUCCGUCAUCCGGUUCAUCAACACCAAGAUGGGGUGGAUCACGUGGAUCGUUCUCAUCGCCAUUAUCACCUUCAUUGCGUGGGUCAUUGCCGAGGCGAUCCCGUUCUUCAGCGACCUGCUGUCCAUCUGCUCCUGCCUGUUCAUCAGUGGUUUCACGUUCUACUUCCCUGCGUGGAUGUGGUUCAAGCUCAUCAAGAAGGGCAAGUGGUACAGCAAGGAGAACCUGCUGCUCGCGAUUUCCAACGCGAUCAUCUUCGUCAUCGGUAUGAUUAUCCUCGUUGCUGGCACCUACUCCAGUGUUCAGGAUAUCAUCGACCAAUACCGAGCUGGAACUGUCCGUGGCGCUUUCACAUGCAGCCCCUUGGCUUAG